AUGGAGAUCAAGGAAUCAGAGAGGGUGGUUAUAGCUAAACCAGUAGCUUCCAGGCCUAGUUGCUCCACUUUUAGGUCUUUCUCAGAGUUGCUUGCGGGUGCCAUCAAUGCUUCACCCUCUAAUGUCUGUUCUGAAACGGCGGUUGCUGCUAUUAGACCAAAAACAGUGAGGUUCAGGCCAAUGGUGUAUCGUGCUCCAGAUGCAUUGUUUUCUUCACAGGCUGAACUCUCUGGAAUAGCAGCUAGCAAUUCAUCUAAUAAAGUUUCAAGUACUGAUAGCAAAGCCACUAUCAUAUAUAAACCACAGGCAAAGCUUGUGUCGAAGGCAACUGUUUCUCUACUGGCGAAUAUGGGGAACUUCAAUACUACUUCACAACAAAUGUUACAAUCCGUUGAGGCUCAUCCUCAGAGUCCAAAACAUGAUAAACACAGUUUCUCAUCCCAACUUACCUCAAAUCUUCUUCAGAAUAUUCCACCCCAUGCGGAAGCAGACCAGACAACUGCACCAUUAAGUUUAACAUCUCAGAAUCAGGAGGAAUUGAAAACUUUAUCACAUGCAUCUAAUGGGGACCGACCUUCAUAUGAUGGUUAUAAUUGGAGGAAAUAUGGACAAAAGCAAGUAAAAGGAAGUGAAUAUCCACGGAGUUAUUACAAGUGCACCUAUCCAAAUUGUCCGGUGAAGAAGAAGGUCGAAAGAUCAUUUGACGGACAGAUUGCAGAAAUUGUCUACAAAGGGGAACACAACCAUUCAAAGCCUCAGCCUCCUAAGCGCAACUCAUCAGGAACGCAAGGACUAGGAGCUGUAUCUGACAGCAAUGCUCAAGAUAGGAACUCCACCCCAUUAUGGAGUAAUCAACUCAAUGAAAGGAAUGAAGGCUCUGAAGCUAGAGAACAAAAUCAGAUCGAAAGUGGAUUACCAGUGCAUUCAAUUUAUCAGGGUCAAGCUCCACCGUCUUAUGAUCCUGCUGGAAACGGAUCAAUUAAUGCUGGUGCGGGAACUUCUGAUAACUCAUGUGGUGUUAGCGGGGAAUGUGAUGAUGGAAGCAAGGGAUUGGAGGGAGACGAUGAUGAACCUAGAAGUAAAAGAAGGAAAACUGAGAUACAAUCCAAUGAAGGUGGCAUGCCAGGGGAGGGAGUAGGAGUACAGGAGCCACGUGUAGUAGUGCAAAGUUCCACAGAUUCUGAGAUUUUGGGGGAUGGUUUUCGCUGGAGAAAAUAUGGGCAGAAGAUUGUGAAGGGGAAUCCAUAUCCAAGGAGUUACUAUAGAUGCACCAGUCUGAAAUGCAAUGUUCGCAAGCAUGUGGAAAGAGUAUCAGAUGAUCCAAGAGCUUUUAUUACAACAUACGAAGGAAAACACAACCAUGAGAUGCCUCUCAAGAGCCCAAAUAUAGCAGCAGCCUUUGAUCCCGAUUCAUAG